CUGCGCAGCAUCUGGCGAUGCCAGGAACCCGCGGGGAGGGGAAAGGGGGAGAAAAGGGGCCCAAGGAGAGGCGGCGCUUCCCUCCUCAACUCCAGGCCCAGGAGGCUGCUGUGGAGAUUGGGAGAUGGAAGGGCUGAAGAUCAAGUUGCUUCCCUCCACAGAGGAUAAAGAAGGGCUAAGUGGAUCUUUGGGGUGCUCUCCGCUCUGGGAGCGUUCCUGUCUCCUGGCGUGGCAAUCCUCUUCCCUGAGACUGGCAGUUGAUCAAGAUGGGAAGCUCCUGGAACCAGAUCCGAGCGACACUCGCUACGCGAGCCACUGCCCUGAGCAAAUAAACGCGUGUCUUCCAAAAACUACAACCCCCAUGAAGCUUUAGUGCCCUUGAGGGGCGGAGUGGUACAUGCUAGGUCACGCUUGAAAAAGAAAUUACACCUAACUACCGUUCCCAGAAGGCGCCACUCUGCAAAUUACCCAGUCAGCUCUAAGUACAAAGCAUCGCGAGUCUUUGGUGCGAUUUGGCGCUAUAAGCCCGUGAGAACGCGCUUCGGAGACCCUUUUCACAAGAUGGCGCCGAAAGCGAAGAAGGAAGCUCCUGCCCCUCCUAAAGCCGAAGCCAAAGCGAAGGCUUUAAAGGCCAAGAAGGCAGUGUUGAAAGGUGUCCACAGCCACAAAAAAAAGAAGAUCCGCACGUCACCCACCUUCAGGCGGCCCAAGACACUGCGACUCCGGAGGCAGCCCAAAUAUCCUCGGAAGAGCGCCCCCAGGAGAAACAAACUGGACCACUAUGCUAUCAUCAAGUUUCCGCUGACCACUGAGUCUGCCAUGAAGAAGAUAGAAGACAAUAACACACUUGUGUUCAUUGUGGAUGUUAAAGCCAACAAGCACCAGAUCAAACAGGCUGUGAAGAAGCUCUAUGACAUUGAUGUGGCCAAGGUCAACACCCUGAUUCGGUGAGUUGGGCCUCAAGGGAUAUGGAGUGCGCUGGACCAGCAGUCUGCAGCCAGAAAUCCUGUGGUUCAUAAGCUCUCCUUGAUGUUUAUAGUCCCAGUUACGUAGGAGGAUCGCCUGAGCCCAGGAGUUUGAGACUGCAGUGACCUAUGAUUGUCCCAUUGUACUCUAGCCUACGCAAUCAAGCAAGAUCCUUCCAAAAAAAAAAUUCCCCUGGACCUUUUAGCAGGGGGAAAAGUUUCCUUGAUUUACACUUGGGGUUAGAAGUAGGUUUCCCAGUGUAUGAGCCUUGAGGCAGGAAUUACAGACUGCUGUAAUUACAGACCUUUGUAAGGACCUCAGGCAGCACUUUCUAGGACUUGAUUGUGGGGUUCAUUGGAGCUCAUUUUCUGGGGCCUCUGGAAUGAGACAGUUCCUUGCAAAUUACCUUGAUUUAAGUCUCAACUUGGCCUAUGAUGUUUCCCUUAAGAGAAUUG